AUGUCGACUGAAGCGGCCGCCGCCGGCGCCUGCACCAUCAGGACGCGCAAGUUUCUCACCAACCGACUUCUAUUUCGCCGGCAGAUGAUCGUCGACAUCCUCCACGGCAACCGCCCCACUGUUUCAAAGACCGAGGUCCGAGAGAAGGUCGCCCGCAUGUACAAGACCACGCCAGAUCUGGUCUUCGUCUUUGGCUUUCGCACCGCCUUUGGCGGCGGCAGCACCUCCGGCUUCGCCCUCAUCUACGACACGCUGGAGUACGCGAAGAAGUUUGAGCCCAAGCACCGGCUGGUUCGAAAUGGCCUGCUGACGCGGGCGAAGGGCGCCCGCAAGCAGCGCAAGGAGCGGAAGAAUCGCAUGAAGAAGGUCCGCGGCACCGCCAAGACCAAGGUGGGCGCCGGCUCGGGCAAGCAGAAGAAAAAGUAA